CUAUCUAUUAAGAGCAUCAUAUACCAUGAAAAUAAUGAAGUUAUCUUUGGCUCUCGCUGUUUUGAUAAUUGCUCCUUUUGUGGCGUCGUCAUCCAUGAACUUUACUCCCACAAGAGCAAGCUCUUCUAAAUCCACAAACCCUAACAAUCUGCCUCCCGAAGCUCUUUUGUCUGUGUCUCAUUAUAUGAAGACAUGUCCAGAUGCUGAAGCCAUCAUCCAUAGAAGAAUGAGAGCGUGGAUCAACAAGGACCCGACCUUGGCUCCUGCCAUCAUUCGCUUGCAUUUUCAUGACUGUGCUGUUAGGGGCUGUGAUGCAUCAGUUUUACUAAACCAUAAAGGAAGCGAGAGGGCAGCUCUCUCGAGCAAAACCCUAAGAGGUUUCCGAGAGAUAAACGACAUCAAGAGCGUACUCGAGAAGAAGUGCCCAAAAACAGUCUCUUGUGCAGACAUCCUUACCGCCGCAGCCAGAGACGCCACCAUCUUCGCCGGAGGUCCAUUCUGGGAAGUCCCUUUCGGCCGCAAAGACGGCCGAGUUUCCUUGGCCAAAGAGGCAGAAUUGGUUCCUCAGGGCCGCGAAAACACCACCGGAUUAAUCAAAUUCUUCGAGUCACGCGGCCUUAACAUGCUCGACCUAGUCGUACUCUCUGGCGCUCACACCAUAGGAAGAAGCGCCUGUCUCGCGUUCCAACAUAGGCUCGGCAAAACGCCUGAUCGAUCACUUAACGUGACCUUAUUGAAUGUGGUAAGGAAAAAGUGUAAAACGGCUUAUAGCUUGGUGGAUCUUGAUGCAACCACUCCUAAGAAAUUCGAUACAAUGUAUUACACUAAUCUUAUGAACAAGAAAGGGUUGUUGUCCACUGAUCAGCAGCUGUAUUCCGACAAGAGAACCUCUUCUUUUGUCUCCGCUUUGGGUACUCAGCCUCAUCUCUUUGAGAGCCAGUUUGCAGUUUCCAUGAUCAAUCUUGGCAAUGUGCAGGUCAAGACCAGGCCUCGUGAUAAGGGGGAAAUCCGGGUGAAUUGCAAUUUUGUCAAUGCUUGAUUAUUUGGGGUAAUUAGUAAGUCUGUUUUGACUAUCUAUAUACCUUUAUAUAUAUAAUUAUUAUAUAUAUGAAGAGUAAUUUUAAGUAAUAAAGUGAAGAGAAGAGUUUUA